UAAAUGAGCACCUGGUGGCGCCUGCUGGCCCGGCUGCGGAGCCCGGACUGAGGUUGGAGCAGCGUAGGAGGCGAAGCGCAGGCACCCUGGACGGUCUCUCGCACUUUUUAAAACAUAUAUUUCAUCAUUGUCGACAAGUUUUAAAACUGUUCAUCCCAAGAGUGUCAAGUGAAAGUCAGGCUGCGGGUCUAAAAUCAGCCGGUGCGCUCAGCAGUUUCGGAUAAUUUGUUGUUUUCUGAGUUUUGACAGAGGUCGUCCACUGAGCGCAACAACUGCUGCAAAGCGUCGUUUGGACCAGUCAGUGGACGUUUGUUAUUCAGGGCAAAAACACAGCUUUACUUCGUCUAAUACAGACUUCGUCUAAAAGUUUGGACGGCUGUCAAGCACACUUCUUCGUGUCUUUUUAGGUAUGCCUGUGGUCAUCAGUGUGUCUCCGGACAGGUAACCAGGUGUGUUGCUGCUGUCAUGGCCUUGUCAACCCUGCGGCUGUUUCCUGUCACUGUGCUCACAGUCUUGGUGGCACUGGUGUCGUCUUCAGAGGACCAUGAGUGGCACUUUAACCCAGCUCAGUGUCGUUACGCCUUGGGUAUGGAGGAUGGCACCAUCCCAGACUCUGACAUUACUGCCUCCAGCGCCUGGUCAGACUCCACUGAGGCCAAACAUGGAAGGUUGAGUACUGGAGAGGGGGAUGGAGCAUGGUGUCCUGCAGGAGCCGUUUUCCCCAGUGGAUCAGAAUACCUUCAGGUAGACCUGCACAAACUCCACUUCCUGGCUCUGGUUGGUACCCAGGGUCGUCAUGCCGAUGGGCAUGGCCAGGAGUUUGCCCGCAGUUAUCGGCUCCGCUAUUCCCGAGAUGGAGUGAAAUGGAUCACCUGGAAGGACCGCUGGAGCCAGGAAGUGGUGUCAGGGAAUGAGAACACCUAUGAUGUUGUGCUGAAAGACCUGGGUCCUCCCAUUGUGGCUCGCAUGGUGCGCUUCUACCCCCUGGCUGACCGGGUUAUGAGUGUUUGCCUUCGGGUGGAGCUCUAUGGCUGUGUAUGGAACGAUGGGUUGAAAGCUUACACAGCUCCAGUGGGUCACGUCAUGCACCUGUCUGGCAUGCCUGUCUAUCUAAACGACUCCACCUACGAUGGGAGCACUGAGCAAGGGAUGCAGUUUGGAGGCCUGGGUCAGCUUUGUGAUGGCGUCCUCGGAGGAGACGACUUCAUACAAACUAAAGAGCUGAGGGUGUGGCCUGGGUAUGACUACCUGGGCUGGAGCCGGGAAGCCCUUGGGCAAGGCAACGUGGAUAUUGAGUUCCACUUUGAGAAACCACGUGUCUUCCACAACAUGCAGGUGCACAGUAACAACCGCCACACCCAGGGUGUCCGAGUCUUCAACAAGGUAGAGUGUCUUUUUAAGCCUGGCAUCCUCCAGCCCUGGUCCUCUCCUGCCCUCACUCUGCCUGUGCCCCUUGAGGAUUUAAAGGACCCCUCCUCAAGACCCAUCUCCCUCCCACUCGGCGCCCGGCUGGCUCAGAUCCUCCGCUGCACAUUCUACUUCGCUGACCGCUGGCUGCUCAUCAGCGAGAUAUCUUUCCUCUCUGAGCCAUUUGAGGAGGAUGUUACAGAGACUGAUUCAUUUCCUCCUAAUCAUCCCAAGAUUCCUACCACCAGUUCCUCUCCUCCUCCCGUUAACCACACCUCCUCCUCUCCCACAUCGAGCCACAGCUCCUCCAAUACCACUGCUGGCCCAUCUGAACCCCCCACCACCACCUCCUUCAUGAUGGACACCACUGGUAACUGGACGCUGACAGAUCCAGAAUCUAGUGCAAACACUCCAAGGGCGGGGCUUCCUGUAGCCAAGGAUGACAGCAGUAAUACAGCUAUUCUGAUUGGCUGCCUGGUGGGCAUCAUCCUUCUGCUGCUGGCUGUAAUAGCCGUCAUUCUGUGGAGGCAGUACUGGAAAAAGAUACUGGGCAAGGCCCAGGGUAGUCUGUCCAGUGAUGAGCUGCGGGUUCACCUGUCAGUCCCCUCGGACAACGUGGUCAUCAACAACACACACAGCUACUCGAGCCGCUACCAGCGCAUCCACACUUUCCCCGACGACCGUGACCAUGACAGAGAGGGAGAAGGAGAGUACCAAGAGCCCAGUGCUCUGCUACGGCCAAGGGAUCACAGAGACAGUACAGCCUUGCUGUUAAACAACCCAGCCUAUCACCUGCUCCUGUCAGAUCACAGAAAAGGCUCGAGACCCCUAGUCGUCCCCAGCACCACUCAGGCUCAGGAAAAGAGCCUCAAUGUGCCCCAGGCCUGUGGUUUGGAUAUGGACAUGGAGAAGGGUUUCCCCCCAACUCACGAAGAGCCUCCUCCCUACCCUGGCUCCCCUCCUUACCCUUCCCUGUCUCCCCCUGUGUCUCCCCCACUGCCUCCCAGUGUUCCUCAUUACGCUGAGGCAGACAUCGUGAGCCUGCAGGGUGUCAGCGGUAACAACACCUACGCUGUGCCCGCCUUGGCCUCCUCGAGCCCCGGGGCCGACGCCGCCCCGCUACCGGAGCUACCUCGCCAGUGUCUCAUCUUCAAGGAGAAACUGGGAGAGGGACAGUUUGGAGAGGUGCACCUGUGUGAAAUCGAGAGCCCUCAGGACCUUCCCAACUUGGAGUUCCCCUUCAAUGUGAGAAAAGGUCGCCCUCUCCUGGUAGCAGUGAAGAUACUGCGCCCAGACGCCUCCAAAAAUGCCAGGAAUGACUUCCUGAAAGAGGUGAAGAUCCUGUCUCGCCUGAAGGACCCGAACAUCAUCCGUCUGCUGGGAGUGUGUGUGAGCAGUGAUCCCCUCUGUAUGGUCACUGAGUACAUGGAAUGUGGAGACUUGAACCAGUAUCUGUCCCACCGAGUGCUUCUGGACAAGACAGGGCCUUCACACAAUACCCCCACCAUCAGUUACCCGGCCCUCAUCUCCAUGGCCAGUCAGAUUGCGUCAGGAAUGAAGUUCCUCUCCUCCCUCAACUUCGUGCACCGGGAUCUGGCAACACGUAACUGUCUGGUCGGGGGUGAGAAGGGUGAGAGCGGAGAGGAUCGGGGUGGCGAGCGUCACAUCAAGAUAGCUGACUUUGGCAUGAGCAGGAACUUGUAUGCUGGGGACUACUACAGGAUCCAGGGCAGAGCUGUGCUGCCAAUACGCUGGAUGGCCUGGGAGUGUAUACUCAUGGGUAAGUUCACCACGGCCAGCGAUGUGUGGGCAUUCGGGGUCACUCUGUGGGAGAUGCUGAGCGUUUGUCAGGAGCAGCCGUACUCCAACCUCACAGAUGAACAAGUCAUCGACAACGCUGGGGAGUUCUUCAGAGACCAGGGCAGACAGGUGUAUUUGAGCAAACCGGCUGUGUGUCCUCAGGGUCUCUACGAGCUUAUGUUGAGUUGCUGGAACAGAGACUGCAAGCUCCGCCCAUCCUUCGCCUACAUCCACUCCUUUCUUACUGAGGACGCCAUGAACAUGGUGUAGAGAGAGAAUCAGAGAAACACAACAAGGAGAAUGGCAACGCUAAAGAAGGGAAAUGUCUCGUACGUUUAUGCAUCUGUGCUACAACAGGAAGGUGUGGUGGAGGUGCUGCACAGCGGAGACUGAUGAGGAGGGAGAGUGGGAUGCUGCUUUUAUAUUUUUACUUUUUGGGUGGAUGGGGCUGAGACACCGCUGGUUCGGUUUAUUUCCACAUCAAUGCCCAACCCCCAAGGCAAAACUAACCCCAGCUUUAGAUAGGUAACAGUCUGAGCUACAUUUCACAGUGGGUUGGUGGUGGGUGCAGUCUGCAAAGGAACUUUCUCUCUUCUCAGAUACUCAACAUAAAGGUUUGUGUGACUGGUGAUGAAGUGCUGUAUAGUUCAUGACACAAGAAGCUGCAAAGGCUAAUUAACAGAAAAUACUCCAAACUAGGACCAUAGCAAGCUAAUGCUACAUACAGGGUAACAGUUAAAGGUGCACAUGCGCUACAUAAACUUCUCUCGACAGAACACCUAUCGUUCAGAUAUGAAAAUGCACACACAGGGAUUGUCUUAGUAUUUAUAUUAUGUAUAGCCUACUGGACACAUUUUAAUCAGUCUAAUUCAGGAAGAUUGCUCCAAGCUUCAGCCCCAUUUGCCCAUCUGAGACACAAAAAAUGAUAAUCCACAAAAGGUCUAUGAAAAGAUUUUAACUUUCAGACAUGGCUGAUGGCAAACUUGGUGAUAAGGAGAACUCACUAUGUUUGUUUACCCUUCAUCAAUCCUCUAUCUCAAGCCCAAAACCUUACAUAGUGACCUGAAAUUAUGGACUAUUGUGAAAUCAUGAGGACCAGAUAAACAUCAGCCCCGUUUUUGCAGUGCGAAAACGUCAAGUUUGCUCUCAACCACAGACAACUCCCCCCCCCGUGAAAAAGUCCAAGCUGUUUUUGAACCCCAUCUCUCAGCCACAAAGAGAACUGUACCCAUGGACUUCUCAAACCUGAGGAAACAGGCACAGAAGAGGAGACUCUGCUGCUGAUGAUGAGAUGUGACCCACAAACUGGAACAAACUGGGGCAAUCGAUGGGACAUCUGCAGAGGUGCUCAGGUGUUUUGGCAAUUUUUUGUAUCUGGUGGUGACCCAGAUACAAAGGAUAGAUGUAAAAUUCCACAACCAGCUGCACUUUAAAUCCUACAUGCAUAUCCCUGGCCAUGAUGAAACUCUUCUCUGUGAAGGGCCUGAUAUGAUUCCUGUCUUUGUGGAUUCUAAUUGCAUUUUACUUGCAGUGAUUUCAGAUAUUUGCCAAGGGAGAUCAAAAUUGGGGACAGUCUUUCUGCCUUUGUCAGAUCCUCUCCUACAAGGCAUUGCCAAACCAUUAAAGAUGUAAAAUAUUAUUAAAAAAAUGGAAUGGCACCAUCAAUUCAUCUCAUUUUAAAUGUAUGACGAUUUUUUUGUCCUGAAACUAUCAAUGUGUUGAGACGUGUUUACUCAUCGAACCAUCAGUCUUCGCUCAUCCAAAUGCAUUACUGUAUUUUCAAAACACAGAGUUUGGUAUGGUAAGUGAGAAUGCGAGGAGUUCUGAUUUUAGCGUGAAUGUCAACAUCAACCUCUGCAUUAUCCAAUGUUAGUACAUUAAGCUGACCAUGGUAGAAUCAAUGCAUCUACCUUACUGAUUGUAUAGCACUGUAAAUCAGUCCUGAGAUUAUCAAGAUUAUCAAGUAAUACAUGAUUACCGAUUGUGAAUGGUUGUGCCAUUUGAGUCAUUUUUGAUACACUGUAGUUCAACUAAACCCAUAUUUUUAUAUAUACUGUAUGUACUGUCUGAUUUCGUCCUUUUGUUUCUUUGAAGUUGCGCAUAAUGGUAUGUACAUAUUUUAAGGACAGAAUUGUAAUUUUCUUUACUAAUAUAUGGAAAGCUCUUUGUUACAUUCGGGGUCUUCUAUAUCUCUGUAGAAUGCUUGCUACCUUGAUGCCAUUGUAAUUCAUUGUUGUCUAUUUUUGUAGAUGUUUUAAUAAAGUUAACCUUUUCAAAUAA